CCUAUGAACAUGAGAACAGUCAUGUGGUUGACAUUUGGGUUUCAACAUAUUUCCUCUAAAGUUUUAAAGGACACUGCUAUAAAAUGUAGGAAAUUCAAGGCACCCUUUAAAAUUAUGGACAAAGUCAAGGUUGUCCUCUAAAAUUGUGGACAGUCCCGAGGCACCCUUUACCCUUGAAAAUUAUGGACAGUCCCGAGGCACCCUUUAAAAUUAUGGACAGUCCCGAGGCACCCUUUAAAAUUUUAUUAUGGACAGUCUUGAGGCACCCUUUAAAAUUAUGGACAGUCCCCGAGGCACCCUUUGAAAUUAUGGACAGUCCCAAUUAUGGACACCCUUUAAAAUUAUGGACAGUCUUGAGGCACCCUUUAAAAUUAUGGACACUCUUGAGGCACCCUUUAAAAUUAUGGACAGUCCCGAGGCACCCUUUAAAAAUAUGGACAGUCCCAAGACACCCUUUAAAAUUAUGGACAGUCUUGAGGCACCCUUUAAAAUUAUGGACAGUCUUGAGGCACCCUUUAAAAUUAUGGAUAGUCCCGGGACACCCUUUAAAUUAUGGACAAAGUCAAGGCGCCCUCUAAAAUUAUGGACAGUCUUGAGGCACCCUUUAAAAUUAUGGACAGUCCCGAGGAACCCUUUAAAAUUAUGGACA